GGUAAAUGUAAAUAUAGCCUUGUUGGAGAAGCUUUCGAGACCACAAGAAAGAUGAUGGAAGUAGGGUGCCCGUUGGACAUUGUGACGUAUAAUUCUUUGAUUUCUAAUGCUUGUAAAGAUGGGAAUGUGCUGGACGCGGAAAAGCUUUUGGAGGAGGUAAUCAAUCGCGGAUUGGUUCCCAAUAAGCUAAGCUUUACCCCUCUUAUACAUGCCUACUGCAGGGAGCAAAAUUUUGAGAGAGCAUCAUGUCUUCUUGUUGAGAUGACACGAAGUGGACAUAAGCCCGACUUGAUAACCUAUGGAGGUCUCAUUCAUGGCUUAGUUGUUGCUGGAGAAGUUGAGGCUGCUUUGACAAUCCGAAACAAUAUGGUGGAAAGGGGAGUGUCUCCCGAUGCAUGCAUUUACAAUGUGUUAAUUAACGGACUUUGCAAAAAGAGUAGGUUUGCUGAUGCAGAGCAGCUUCUCCAAGAGAUGCUUGGCUGUAAUGUGUCUCUCGAUGCAUAUGUUUAUGCCACUUUGGUUGAUGGAUAUAUAAGAAGUGGCAACUUUGAUGAUGCUGAAAAACUUUUUGACCUCAUAAUCAAAAGAGGUGUCGAUCCUGGGAUUGUAGGGUAUAAUGCUAUGAUUAAGGGCUACUGCAAGCUUGGGAAGAUAAAAGAUGCCGUUCUUUGCAUUAAUAAGAUGACUAGAAGAAACAUCUCUCCGGAUGAAUUUACAUAUUCUACAAUCAUUGAUGGAUUCAUAAAGCAGAAUGAUUUGCUUGGUGCAUUGACUGUAUUUGGCCUCGUCAUCAAACAGAAGUACACGCCAAAUGUUGUGAUGUAUACCUCAAUCAUCAGUGGCUUUUGUCGUUGUAGGCAUGUUUCUGGUGCAGAAAGGAUUCUCCGAGGAAUGCAAUCAAAUGGUGUGCCGCCUAAUGUUGUGACUUAUUCUGUAAUGAUAGGCAGCUGUUGCAAAGAGGGGAAACUUGCACAAGCAUCUUCCUUUUUCGAAGAAAUGAUGAUGAGCAAGUGUAAUCCCAAUGAUGUUACAUUUCAUUAUUUGGUGAACGGGCUAUCAAACAAUGCUGCUUCUAUUAUUCAGUCGACACAAGAUGGUUCUGAGUGGCAUAAGCCUAUGCUUCUUGAUAUCUUUGGGACAAUGGUGUGUGAUGGUUGGCAUCCCAUAUCUGCUGCGUACAGCUCGAUUGUCGCUUGUCUUUGUUUAAACAGGAUGCUUGGAACUGCGUUACAGCUGACUGAUAAGAUGUUGAAUAAAGGCUUCCCUCUAGACUCGGUGAGUUUGGCUGCUCUAUUACAUGGGGCUUGUUUAGUAGGGAAAUCUAAAGAAUGGAAUAGCAUGAUUACUUCCAAACCUAUUGAUGCAAAGCUUGAUGUUGCUUUGAAGUAUUUGACCAUAUUUGGGCGCUACUCGACUCAUGAACUGACUAAGGAGACCUCAGUGAUUUUGCAUUCCUUGCUACAAGAUUCAUGUCUAACGAAUGAAUUGGCAGGUUCUAGAAGUCUUAAUAAACAAUAGGAAACACUUCAAAGUCUGAGCAUGUGAUAUUUCUUGUGAUGGUGUACAGUUUUCUGGGAAUUUGAGGUUGAGAAACUCUACAUUCCAAGCUAUUUAUUUCGUGAUUUUGUUCUGUAUGGCUCACCGGAUUAUCAUAUUUCAAUGGGUGUAUGGCUUUCCUCCAUUUGGUAGCUUAUAUCAGAAGCAACUGAGGCACCAACUACCAUGAUGUAUGCAGCAGCAACAUAUGAACAAGCAGAUAAUGAGGCGAACAUCCCACUGUUCUAUUCGUUCAAAGAAGCAAUUAUGCGCCCUUACGUAACAUGUCAUCAUAAGGCAAGGAAAACGUAGACUACAUCUGCAGAUGGAUGGAUCACCUGCAGGGAAUAGGCUGAUUCUCUCAUCAUACUUCCCUCAGCAGGCAACACUUUUCCAACAAGUGAGAAACUAUUAUCUCCAUAUUUCGUUCUGAACCAAGCCAUUUUCACCAGGAGAUACAGUAUGGUAUUUUCUUCGAAAGUAGGCAGUGUGGGAAAGGUGAAGCUACGGUUAUCUUGAUGUCGCACUAUCAAAUGAAUGGACUGUGGUGUUUUACUCUAAGAAUGGCGUGGGGGCAGAGUAGCUAUUGUUAGCAGGGUAUAUUUUUCCCUGGAGGUUGAUCUGAAAGAUUUUAUUACAUUGUAACAGAUCUAGAUGGAAACAUAAGCAGAUUUCAAGCUAAAAGUGCAAUUUUGAAUUGUUCUUAUUCAGAUUUUCAUAAUAAGUGUAGAACAUCUUGAAGAUUUUAUUCACUUUUACAUAUUAGGCUCUGCGAAUUUCAACA